UUAAACGUGAGAAUGACGUAAUAUAGUACCUCCUUUUCCUCAGAAAGAUCUAGAGCAUAAAAAAUGCAGAUCCUCUCAUGGAAUGUGGCUGGUUGGAUACCAACAUAUCAGGCCAUCGUAGCGCAUUACGGAUCUUUAGAGCGGUAUCUAGAAUUGCACGAGGCAGACGUCCUCUGCAUCCAGGAAGCCAAAGUGUCGGAAAUCAAAGCUAAGGAGCUCCACUCAGUGAAUGAAGCAGCUGCUCAGGGGUUGGAAGUCGUUGUAGCGAAUGGAACACUACCAGCUUCGGGAGGUGCCGUGAAGAGUACAGGAACCUUGGCUUUGGGUGGGAGCCUAACUGCUGGCUCCUCUUCACAUGCUGGAUCAGUCAAAAAUUUGCAAGAGAAGUCUGGAACAGGCCAUCAAUCAAAACCUUCUGGCCUCCACUCGCAGAGCACACCACGUCCAAAAUGGACCAGCUAUUUCGCGUUCAACCGGUCUAAAGCCGCAGGGAAGAGCGGCUUCAAUGGUGUCGCUUGCUUCGUGAGGACAGACAAGUAUGAAGUCUUUGGUGCAACGCAGAAAGUUUUCAAUGAUUUAUGCUGAGAACUAGGAGUUAGAACUAGAAGAUGUGACGCUGAGAAUUAUGAGGAAUUACCAUGCUGAGAACAGGGAACUACUUAAAAGAAAUUCAUGAGACUCUGUAGUCCGGAAAAUGUAGAUGAAGACAUGAUGCGACUCUGCUGCAGUCCCAAAAAUUUUCAUGUUCUUGUAGCUGGAUGCAACAUAGAAUUAGAUGAACCAUAGUACAUUAGAACUAGUUCUACUCCGAGUUGUAGUACACUGCUUCACCUAGUACAUUGCUUCAUAUUCUCCGGUCCUAGACGACGAGGGAAGGGCCUUGCUCCUCGAUUUCGGAACUUUCCGAUUGCUGAACAUCUACGCAC